AUGACGCCGCCAGCACGAUGUAUCGUACUAUUCAUUGCAGCAGCUAGCAGCCUCUUCUCUUGUUCAUCGGGCGUUAAUGUUACGUUCAGUCCAAAGAAUAUUCUCCUUAUUGAGGAAAAAGAUACAACGCUUCACUUCAACUACAGUUGUUCUGGCUGGAUGAACAUUGCCAUACGCGCUUGGACCAAGGACAGUCGGGUUGCCAGUGCCCGGUACCUUGACGACAGUUUCCAUGGUGACAACAGUUCUGUUUCUAUGACGACAACCAACCAAAAUGCUGUCGCUAUUCCCCAGCUUAUUUCAGAAUGCUAUGGCAAAAUUCAAAUCAGUGCUCGGCGGCUUGGACGGACCGAGAUAAUCUUAGAGUUCACGUAUAUUAAGGAAAAUAACAACCAAAAAGCAGACUCACCGGUGCUUCAAACUGAGACCGUCGUCUACCCUGACCUGGUGGUAAUACGUGCACCACGGCUUGUAGAUCAGGUUUUUAGGUAUGUCACGACAACAUUGGUUGCAAUUAUUACGUUCUUAAUGGGCUGCACGCUGAACAUAGAGACUGUGAAAGGCAUUCUGAAGAAACCAGUGGCUCCUUUGCUAGGGUUUUGCUCUCAGUACGUGAUGAUGCCUCUGCUGGCUUUUGCAGUCUCUCAGAUCACUCAAGUGGAACCCGCGUUUGGACUAGGCCUUCUGACCAUAGGCUGUAGUCCCGGGGGUGGGGGCAGUAACGUCUGGGCCGUCAUGUUAGGCGGGGAACUGGAGCUCAGCAUCACUAUGACGUUUCUGAGCACUUGUCUGGCUCUAGGUAUGAUGCCACUGUGGCUAUUCCUCCUGGGACGUUUCUUCAUCGAUGAAAGUAAGAUUAAGAUCCCUUAUGACAACGUGGCUACCACUAUAGCUAUCAUAGUGGGACCCGUCACCUUGGGGUUGCUUCUACAUCUAAAGAAACCCAAGUUGGCCAUGAAAUUAAAACGUCUUAUACGGCCACUAGCGUUAAUUUUCCUUAUAUACAUUAACUCUUUCGGGCUGUACGUCAACUGGUUUGUAUGGGGUUUGCUGGCAGACCAACCUUAUCUACUGGCAGUCGGUAUCAUCACACCUUGGUGCGGAUACAUAUUUGGGUUCAUCCUUGCAAAAAUAUUCAGACAGCCUAAAAGACGCGCCAUAACAAUCGCCUUGGAAACCGGGAUCCAAAACAUCGGCAUACCAAUGCUCAUUCUGCGGUUCUCGCUUCCUCAGCCUGAUGGAGACUUGGGGUCCCUGAUGCCUUAUCUUCAGAAUUUGUCUCAGUCGCUGCCGCUGUAUAUUAUUCUGAUCGCGUUAACCAUUAAACGUAGGUGCUGUGAUAAAGGGGACGACGAGGAGAGUGAGUGCGAGUUAAAAGAUAUUAGCGAAGUUGACAACAGUGUGUGCAACUCAGCGUUUGAAAAGCACGAGAAUGGAGUUGUUGUAGACGCCGAAAUGUUUGAGAAGGAAAAAGACGAAAAAUAG